GGCACAGGAAGAGGAAGGAGUCCAGAGGAUUCUUCAGAGGCUCCAGGACUAGAGGCUAGUCCGGAGAGGCUCCAGACCUGGUGGAUGCUGAGUACACCCCGAACCAGGCCUGGAAGUCUGAGAAGGUCCGUCUGGAACUACCAAUGCAAAUGUCUGUGUGACAGUGGCUUUUUUAUUUAAAGAGGCAAGUCAGUUAAGAACAAAUUCUUAUUUACAAUGACGGCCUAGGAAUCAAAUCAAGUUUAUUUUAUUUAGCCCUUCGUACAUCAGCUAAUAUCUCGAAGUGCUGUACAGAAACCCAGCCUAAAACCCCAAACAGCAAGCAAUGCAGGUGUAGAAGCACGGUGGCUAGGAAAAACUCCCUAGAAAGGCCAAAACCUAGGAAGAAACCUAGAGAGGAACCAGGCUAUGAGGGGUGGCCAGUCCUCUUCUGGCUGUGCCGGGUGGAGAUUAUAACAGAACAUGGCCAAGAUGUUCAAAAUGUUCAUAAGUGACAAGCAUGGUCAAAUAAUAAUCAGGAAUAAAUGUCAGUUGGCUUUUCAUAGCCGAUCAUUAAGAGUUGAAAACAGCAGGUCUGGGACAGGUAGGGGUUCCAUAACCGCAGGCAGAACAGUUGAAACUGGAAUAGCAGCAAGGCCAGGUGGACUGGGGACAGCAAGGAGUCAUCAUGCCCGGUAGUCCUGACGUAUGGUCCUAGGGCUCAGGUCCUCCGAGAGAGAGAAAGAAAGAGAGAAGGAGAGAAUUAGAAAGAGCCAAGAUUUUCAAAAUGUUCAUAAAUGACAAGCAUGGUCAAAUAAUAAUCAGGAAUAAAUGUCUGUUGGCUUUUCAUAGCCGAUCAUUAAGAGUUGAAAGCAGCAGGUCUGGGACAGGUAGGGGUUCCAUAACCGCAGGCAGAACAGUUGAAACUGGAACAGCAGCAAGGCCAGGUGGACUGGGGACAGCAAGGAGUCAUCAUGCCCGGUAGUCCUGACGUAUGGUCCUAGGGCUCAGGUUCUCUGAGAGAGAGAGAGAGAAAGAAAGAGAGAAGGAGAGAAUUAGAGAGAGCAUACUUAAAUUCACACAGGACACUGGAUAAGACAGGAGAAGUACUCCAGAUAUAACCAACUGACCCUAGCCCUCCGACACAUAAACUACUGCAGCAUAAAUAUUGGAGGCUGAGACAGGAGGGGUCAGGAGCCACUGUGGCCCCAUCCGAUGAUACCCCCGAACAGGGCCAAACAGGAAGGAUAUAACCCCACCCACUUUGCCAAAGCACAGCCCCCGCACCACUAGAGGGAUAUCUUCAACCCCUAACUUACAAUCCUGAGACAAGGCCGAGUAUAGCCCACAAAGAUCUCCACCACAGCACAAACCAAGGGUGGGCGCCAACCCAGACAGGAAGAUCACGUCAGUAACUCAACCCACUCAAGUGACGCACCCCUCCUAGGGACGGCAUGAAAGAGCACCAGUAAGCCAGUGACUCAGCCCCUGUAAUAGGGUUAGAGGCAGAGAAUCCCAGUGGAGAGAGGGGAACCGGCCAGACAGAGACAGCAAGGGCGGUUCGUUGCUCCAGAGCCUUUCCGUUCACCUUCACACUCCUGGGCCAGACUACACUCAAUUAUAUGUCCUACUGAAGAGAUAAGUCUUCAGUAAAGACUUAAAGGUUGAGACCGAGUCUGCGUCUCUCACAUGGGUAGGUAGAACGUUCCAUAAAAAUGGAGAUCUAUAGGAGAAAGCCCUGCCUCCAGCUGUUUGCUUAGAAAUUCUAGGGACAAUUAGGAGGCCUGCGUCUUGUGACCAUAGCGUACGUGUAGGUAUGUUUAUUUUAUUUUAUUUAUUUAUUUUACCAGGUAAGUUGACUGAGAACACGUUCUCAUUUGCAGCAACGACCUGGGGAAUAGUUACAGGGGAGAGGAGGGGGGUGAAUGAGCCAAUUGUAAACUGGGGACUUUUAGGUGACCAGAGAGUCAGGACACCCGUUUAACGUCCCAUCCGAAAGACAGCACCCUACACAGGGCAGUGUCCCCAAUCACUGCCCUGGGGCAUUGGGAUAUUUUUUAGACCAGAGGAAAGAGUGCCUCCUACUGGCCCUCCAACACCACUUCCAGCAGCAUCUGGUCUCCCAUCCAGGGACUGACCAGGACCAACCCUGCAUAGCUUCAGAAGCAAGCCGGCAGUGGUAUGCAGGGUGGUAUGCUGCUGGCUCGAUGUACGGCAGGACCAACUCGGAAAGAUAGGUAGGAGCAAGCCCAUGUAACGCUUUAUAGGUUAACAGUAAAACCUUGAAAUCAGCCCUUGCCUUAACAGGAAGCCAGUGUAGGGAAGCUAGCACUGGAGUAAUAUAAUCAAAUUUCUUGGUUCUAGUCAGGAUUCUAGCAGCCGUAUUUAGCACUAACUGAAGUUUAUUUAGUGCUUUAUCCGGGUAGCCGGAAAGUAGAGCAUUGCAGUAGUCUAACCUAGAAGUAACAAAUGCAUGGAUACAUUUUUCUGCAUAAUUUUUGGACAGAAAAUUUCUGAUUUUUGCAAUGUUACGUAGAUGGAAAAAAGAUGUCCUUGAAACAGUUUUGAUAUGUUCGUCAAAAGAGAGAUCAGGGUCAAGAGUAACGCCGAGGUCCUUUACAGUUUUAUUUGAGACGACUUUACAACCAUCAAGAUUAAUUGUCAGAUUUAACAGAAGAUCUCUUUGUUUCUUGGGACCUAGAACAAGCAUCUCUGUUUUGUCCGAGUUUAAAAGUAGAAAGUGUUCAGCCAUCCACUUCCUUAUGUCUGAAACACAGGCUUCUAGGGAGGGCGAUUUUGGGACUUCACCAUGUUUCAUUGAAAUGUACAGCUGUGUGUCAUCCGCAUAGCAGUGAAAGUUAACAUUAUGUUUUCGAAUGACAUCCCCAAGAGGUAAAAUAUAUAGUGAAAACAAUAGUGGUCCUAAAACGGAACCUUGAGGAACACCGAAAUGUACAGUUGAUUUGUCAGAGGACAAACCAUUCACAGAGACAAACUGAUAUCUUUCCGACAGAUAAGAUCUGAACCAGGCCAGAACUUGUCCGUGUAGACCAAUUUGUGUUUCCAGUCUCUCCAAAAGAAUGUGGUGAUCGAUGGUGUCAAAGGCAGGACUAAGGUCUAGUAGCACGAGGACAGAUGCAGAGCCUCGGUCUGACGCCAUUAAAAGGUAAUUUACAGUGCAGUCUCAGUGCUAUGAUGGGGUCUAAAACCAGACUGAAGCAUUUCGUAUACAUUGUUUGUCUUCAGGAAGGCAGUGAGUUGCUGCGCAACAGCUUUUUCAAUUUUUUUUGAGAGGAAUGGAAGAUUCGAUAUAGGCCGAUUUAGUUUUUUAUAUUUUCCGGGUCAAGGUUUGGCUUUUUCAAGAGAGGCUUUAUUACUGCCACUUUUAGUGAGUUUGGUACACAUCCGGUGGAUAGAGAGCCGUUUAUUAUGUUCAACAUAGGAGGGCCAAGAACAUGAAGCAGCUCUUUCAGUAGUUUAGUUGAAAUAGGAUCCAGUAUGCAGCUUGAAGGUUUAGAGGCCAUGAUUAUUUUCAUCAUUGUGUCAAGAGAUAUAGUACUAAAACACUUAAGUGUCUCUCCCGAUCUCAGGCCCUGGCAGAGCUGUGCAGAUCCAGGACAGCUAAGCCCUGGAGGAAUACGCAGAUUUAAAGAGGAGUCCGUAAUUUGCUUUCUAAUGAUCAUGAUCUUUUCCUCAAAGAAGUUCAUGAAUUUAUUACUGCUGAAGUGAAAGCCAUCCUCUCUUGGGGAAUGCUGCUUUUUAGUUAGCUUUGCAACAGUAUCAAAAAUAAAUUUUGGAUUUUUCUUAUUUUCCUCAAUUAAGUUGGAAAAGUAGGAUGAUCGAGCAGCAGUGAGGGCUCUUCGAUACUGCACGGUACUGUCUUUCCAAGCUAGUCGGAAGACUUCCAGUUUGGUGUGGCGCCAUUUCCGUUCCAAUUUUCUGGAAGCUUGCUUCAGAGUUCGGGUAUUUUCUGUAUACCAGGGAGCUAGUUUCUUAUGACAAAUGGUUUUUGUUUUUAGGGGUGCAACUGCAUCUAGGGUAUUGCGCAAGGUUAAAUUGAGUUCCUCAGUUAGGUGGUUAACUGAUUUUUGUCCUCUGACGUCCUUGGGUAGGCAGAAGGAGUCUGGAAGGGCAUCAAGGAAGUUUUGUGUUGUCUGAGAAUUUAUAGCACGACUUUUGAUGCUCCUUGGGGUCUGAGCAGAUUAUUUGUUGCGAUUGCAAACGUAAUAAAAUGGUGGCCCGAUAGUCCAGGAUUAUGAGGAAAAACAUUAAGAUCUACAACAUUUAUUCCAUGGGACAAAACUAGGUCCAGAGUAUGACUGUGGCAGUGAGUAGGUCCAGAGACAUGUUGGACAAAACCCACUGAGUCGAUGAUGGCUCUGAAAGCCUUUUGGAGUGGGUCUGUGGACUUCUCCAUAUGAAUAUUAAAAUCACCAAAAAUUAGAAUAUGAUCUGCUAUGACUACAAGGUCCGAUAGGAAUUCAGGGAACUCAGAGAGGAACGCUGUAUAUGGCCCAGGAGGCCUGUAAACAGUAGCUAUAGAAAGUGAUUGAGUAGGCUGCAUAGAUUUCAUGAAUAGAAGCUCAAAAGACGAAAAUGUCAUAUUUUUUUUUGUAAAUUGAAAUUCGCUAUCGUAAAUGUUAGCAACACCUCCGCCUUUGCGGGAUGCACGGGGGAUAUGGUCACUAGUGUAACCAGGAGGUGAGGCCUCAUUUAACACAGUAAAUUCAUCAGCCUUAAGCCAUGUUUCAGUCAGGCCAAUCACAUCAAGAUUAUGAUCAGUGAUUAGUUCAUUGACUAUAACUGCCUUUGAAGUGAGGGAUCUAACAUUAAGUAACCCUAUUUUGAGAUGAGGUAUCACGAUCUCUUUCAAUAAUGGCAGGAAUGGAGGAGGUCUUUAUCCUAAUGAGAUUGCUAAGGCGAACACCGCCAUGUUUAGUUUUGCCCAACCUAGGUCGAGGCACAGACACAGUCUCAAUGGGGAUGGCUGAGCUGACUACACUGACUAUGCUAGUGGCAGACUCCACUAAGCUGGCAGGUUGGCUAACAGCCUGCUGCCUGGCCUGCACCCUAUUUCAUUGUGGAGCUAGAGGAGUUCGAGCCCUGUCUAUGUUGGUAGAUAAGAUGAGAGCACCCCUCCAGCUAGGAUGGAGUCCGUCACUCCUCAGCAGGUCAGGCUUGGUCCUGUUUGUGGGUGAGUCCCAGAAAGAGGGCCAAUUAUCUACAAAUUCUAUCUUUUGGUAGGGGCAGAAAACAGUUUUCAACCAGCGAUUGAGUUGUGAGACUCUGCUGUAGAGCUCGUCACUCCCCCUAACUGGGAGGGGGCCAGAGACAAUUACUCGAUGCCGACACAUCUUUCUAGCUGAUUUACACGCUGAAGCUAUGUUGCGCUUGGUGACCUCUGACUGUUUCAUCUUAACAUCGUUGGUGCCGACGUGGAUAACAAUAUCUCUAUACUCUCUACACUCGCCAGUUUUAGCUUUAGCCAGCACCAUCUUCAGAUUAGCCUUAACGUCGGUAGCCCUGCCCCCUGGUAAACAGUGUAUGGUCGCUGGGUGAUUCGUUUUAAGUCUAAUACUGCGGGUAAUGGAGUCGCCAAUGACUAGGGUUUUCAAUUUGUCAGAGCUAAUGGUGGGAGCCUUCGGCGUCUCAGACCCCGUAACGGGAGGAGUAGAGACAAGAGAAGACUCGGCCUCAGACUCCGACUCGCUACUUAAUGGGGAAAACCGGUUGAAAGUUUCUGUCGGCUGAAUGAGCGACACCAGUUGAGCAUUCCUACAGCAUUUCCCUCCAGAAGCAAUGAGAAAGUUGUCCGGCUGCGGGGACUGUGCGGGGGGAUUUAUACUAACGUUACUAUCUGUACUUACUGGUGGCACAGACGCUGUUUCAUCCUUUCCUACACUGAAAUUACCCUUGCCUAACGAUUGCGUCUGAAGCUGGGCUUGCAGCACAGCUAUCCUCGCCAUAAGGCGAUCGUUCUCCUGUAUAUUAUGAGUACAGUGACUGCAAUUAGAAGACAUCAUGUUAAUGUUACUACUUAGCUUCGACUGUUGAAAGUGCUGACGAACCAUGUCCAGAUAAAGCGUCCGGAGUGAAAAAGUUGAACAGGAACAGUGGAUAAACUGCCUUGUUCAGGAGCAGGACAACAGUUUUUUUUUUUUUUUUUUUUUUUUUUUUACCUUGUCAGCUCAGGGAUUUGAUCUAGCAACCUUUCGGUUACUGGUCCAACGCUCUAACCACUAGGCUACCUGCCGCUUGAAUGCACUGAGAGCAGUGCUAUGUUUUACAACCGCAAUAUCAACAACUGUUCAAUAUCCUCUUCUUUUUUUCUUAGGACACACUAGGUAGACCACCAGCUCAGGAGAUUCCCCUGGUGGUGGAGCACUGUCAGUACAAGUAACAACAAGAUAUUAUGGUGGAAUUGUAUUGCGCUUAGUUUUGUCUAUACAAUGUUUUACAUCAAGUGUAUAGAUGUGGCUUCACUCUCUGACACUCACUGGCAUUUUCCAGGUCAGCCUGGAUAAAAUUAGACUAAUUAAAAAAAAAAAAAUGUUUUUAGCUUCAGAGAUUUUUAGAUUGACUGAGAACAUGGCCCUGGUUUUCAUGACUUGAGAGGGAAACUUCCGUUACCUGUUUCAAAGGUCAGUUAAUCAACCCUGGUUAUUUAUCUUAAACCUUCAGCUAUGGUAUGAAACACUACAGGUGUGCAUCGUCAACUUCAGUUACAUUUGCACGUCAGGCCAGGGCUCCAAAUCAUUAACUCACUGUUGUGGCUCCACCUGUUACAGACUACCAGUUACCAAGGACAGGGUUCACUUUUUCCUUAGUCUGUACACGUUGUGAUUUCCACCACAAUUCCUACCUCAUCAUCUGACCUCUAACCCCUCAUGUACCUGUUCAACUUCCGGGGCGUGGCGGCCAGCUUCCGCCUCAAGCACCUGUUCCUGUGUGGCUCUCUGGUCUUCCAUGUAGGUGAGGAGUGGCUGGAGUUCUUCUAUCCUCAGAUGCUGCCCUGGGUACACUACAUCCCUGUCAAACAGGACCUCUCUGACCUCAGGGAACUGCUACAGUUUGUGAAAGAAAACGAUGACCUUGCUCAAGAGAUUGCCGUUAGGGGUCAGUGGUUCAUCCUGGACCACCUGAGGAUGGAGGAUGUGUUCUGUUACUGGGAGAGACUCCUCACUGAGUUUGGUGGGCUGCUCAAGUACAAACUCCAGAGGAGGACUAACUACAAUCAGAUCAUCCACAAGCAUAGGAGGACAGAACUGUGACCGAGCCGGGGGGGGGGGGGGUCACUGUAUGGACUAUAUGGAGAUCCAGUCAAUAGAUAGCGGCAGAUUGAUAAUGCUGGUCUUAGAAUGAGGAAUUGCUGGUCUUCACAUUUAGGCUGUGGUCUCCCCAUAGAUUCUCCAUAUGGUUAGAUGUAAUGGAGUACCUUUUUUAAAGUAUUGUGUUAUAGAAGAUUUAGGAGUUGAAAAACACUAUAAGAAGAAAGUGGCUAUUUGGGAUUGAAAUUACCAUUGGGAUUAGCACACAGAAAGAGUAGGAUACUGUAUAUGUUGGUUCUGUGUUCAAAUACUGUUUAGGGUAUUAUAAUUACUUUCAAAUAUAUUUGGAAGUAAUUACUUGGAUAAUUCUUAUUUGAAAAGACAAGUAGUUGAAUAUUGGAAUGUAUGUGGAAAUACACUCACAUGCAUUUAGCCCAGGCAUUAGAGUUUUUGUUGUUGAAAUUAGUAUUUGAAAGGGGGAUACCUAGUCCGUUGUACAACUGAAAUCUGUCUUCCGCAUUUAACCCAACCCCUCUGAAAAUACAGUACUUUAAAAUAGUAGGCUAUUUAUAGGAAAUUAUUUGAAAAUAAUUUCAAAUAAUUCCAAUAGAAGUAGUUGAUACGGACCACAUUAUUUGAAAAUACUUAUUUUCUCUGUAUUUAAAUAACAACUGAUCAAAUACACAUGGAUUUUAACCCAGGCCUGGGUUAAAAUCGGCGACUUUAUGCCUUGAAAGGAAUUUAGGAUUUAGGAAGAGCUUGAUAGCGUUUGCCAUCAACUGAUUUCUGCUAUCUCACCCCCACGCUGAAAUUGUGUGAAAAAUCAAUGAAAUUUGUUGUUUCUGGGAAAUUACACCUAAAAGGCCAUUUUCAAUCUGCUUUCCCUUACUGCCCUCUAGUGUGUGACCGAAGCCCUGUAUGCUGCUCAGGAGUUGAUAUUUACGUCUUCCAGUUUAUUGCCAGUGGUCCAUUCAACUACAAACGCAAUCAAAACACUCCUCACCUCAGUGUUGCCUCUGUUUAAGAAGAACAAUGCAAUACCAUUGCCAUAUACUGUAGAGAUACGGUGAAGCUUGAAACACGACAUAUUAAGCCGUAAAUAACUACACUCAACACCAAGUGCCAAUAGAACAUUAUUCAUUAAUGUAGGUGCCAUGUUGUCAAACACACUGUCAUUACACAACUUUACUUGGACCUGCCUUGGAAAAUAUGAGUAUAAGCCACAAUGGUACCGAAAUGUUGAAUAUGUUCUAGUAUUCGCAUUGUAGAAUGUACAGUAUAUCACAAAAGUGAG